AUGGAGCAGCCCUCGGCCAUUCCACGCCCGUCUGGUAUCCCCAGGCCAGCAUCCUCCCGCCUUCCCGUCCUAAGGUCCACCGGCAGCCAGUCCCAGCUGCGGUCGCCCGCCUCCACCGAGCAGCUGCGCAAGAAGCCAUCCAUAUCAUCCUUAUCCCGCCCCAGCCAGCCCCCGUCUUCGCUGCAGAAGAAGUCGUCGAGAGCGUCUCUCAUUGGCUCCGUGUCCACGACUGCACCGGCACCUGCACCACCAUCUCGGAGGACUUCUUUCGCGCCCUCCAGUAGAAGAGUGAGCGGCAUCCCGGGCGUUGCACCCAAAGCCCCCGCAAGCAAUGAGCCUGUCUUCAAGCGGCCAUUUGCCCGACCACCAUCUCGUCAGACUUCGAAAGCACCCCCACCGCCAGCGCAAUGGAACGCAGCGAAAGAGGAUGAUGCCCUGGGCAGUCUCGAUGGGUUCCGCUCGGCGUCGAGGGCGUCCUCACGGGCUGGAUCAAGAGCUGGCUUUUACGAGAAUGACCCAGAGUCAGAAUACGUUCUCGUGAACGAACAGGAGCCGGAAUUGGAGGUGGCCACGAAGAAGAAGUCGCGACCGUCCCUAGAGCUUGUCCCAGCUGCCCUCAUCGCCAGCGCAGUCGAAGGGAAGGCGGAGGUCGAGCUUCUUCAAUGCGGACAACAACAUGCUGCCGCCGCUGCGCCCGGCUUCAGCAAUGUCGAGCAAUGGCAGCAGGCCCACCACAAGCGACGGCUCCUUUCAGUCCGUACCAGCAACACCGAAGAGGUUUGGGACAUCCUCCAGCAGGCUCUCCAUGACCGCUCCUGGAAAGAGGAGCAUCAGCGCCAGUGUCGCCACGCCGACCGCCACCCCGAGCAGAACGCCAUCGGUUGCCCGUCCGGUGUCGACUGCGAAAAAGCCUCUGUCACUUGCUUCGAAUCUUCAGAAUGCACCAAAAUUCGAAGGGUGUCAAGCUCAUCUGCUGCUCUCCGCGAGCAGAUAGUGAAGGCAAAGGCAACACGCAAGUCCGAGGCUGCAGACGAGCCUGCUGCGCCAUCACCAAAGGCUGCAAGCUCUUCCAACGCACUACGGGAACAGAUCGCAAAAGCCAGAGAGGCAGCGCGCCGCGCCAAGAACGAGACAGAGCGGACGAGCACCCCGCCACGAGACCCAAUUCUACCAGACCCCAACGAGAUUGCAAGCUUCGACUUUGGCCUGGACGAUCCCUUCAAUCAGGGUGCCAAGGGCAGCAAGUCUCUUUUGCGCAAGCGAAUUGACGGAGCCCGCAUUGAUGGACGUCUCAACAUGGCAGCCAUGAACCUAAAGGAGAUACCUGAUGAUGUACUUCAGAUGUACAAGUACGAUCCAAAUGAUACGACUGUCGCAUGGGGCGAAAUUGUCGACCUCACCACUAUUGUUGCUGCCGAUAACGAGCUCGAAGCACUGCCUGAAUCCAUGUUUCCCGACGUCGACUUUGAGACCAUGCUCGACUCGGAUGACGGUGGCCCCCAAUUUGGUGCAGUCCAGAAUCUGGAUUUGCAUGGAAACAUCCUUCGAGAGCUGCCUAUGGGCCUGACACGUCUGACGCAGCUCUCGCGACUGAACCUUACACGAAACAAACUUUCUAUGGAUGUGUUUGAUGUCAUAUCAAAUAUCACCAGUCUUCGCGAAUUGAGGAUCGCAGAGAAUGAGCUGGAAGGUGAUCUGCCAGCAAACAUUGGCAACUUGGCCUCGCUAGAAAUUCUGGAGCUGCAAAACAACAAGUUGACAAGUCUGCCAAAUGAGAUCCGACAACUGACGAGUCUUCGUCUGUUGAACGUCGCCAGCAACCAGCUGACCAGGGUCCCAAUGGAGCUUUUUGAGACUGCUCUGAUGGAGCUCAUUGCGAACAAGAACCCCUUCGAGGGCUCAUUCUUCAGGGUCACUUCUGCGACCAGCUUACAAGAGCUGAAUAUUUCGAACUGUUCGUUGAAGACACUGUGCGAUGGCGACAGUAUUGACUUGUCCGCUCUGAAGACGCUCAAUGUUUCCAUGAACCGGCUUGCCUCAUUACCCAGUGUUGAGUCAUGGACCAAUCUGCAGGCCCUUAUUGUCGCGGAGAACAAGCUCACUGCAUUCCCAGAGGGCUUCACAACAUUAUCUCAGCUCCGUACUGCUGACUUCACGGCCAACGAUAUAUCACAAAUCGAUGAGAGGAUCGCGCUUAUGUCUCUAGAGCACCUAACACUUGCUGCCAACCCACUCCGAGAGCGCAAGUUCUUGACCAUGGCUUUCGAAGACAUAAAGCGAGAUCUUGCUUCCAGGUUGCCAGCAGAUCUUGCUGAAGCCGACGAGGACGGAACUGAAUUCACGGCCGAAGGUGCUGUCGAGAACGUACUCGGCUGGGAAGUCACCCCAUCCGGUACGCUCGACCUCUCAUCCAAGACCCUGAGCUCGCUAGACGAAGACGCUGUCCUUGCAUUCGCAGACACCAUUCGUCAUUUCAACCUCCAGCAAAAUGCCUUCGACUCCAUCCCACCCUCCCUAUCGCACAUCACAUUCCUCACCGUCCUCGACCUCUCGCGAAACUCCAUCGCCACAGCCCUCACAUCACAUCUCUCCCUCCCUAAACUCAAAGAGCUCCGCCUCGCCGCCAACAAACUCACCUCCCUCGACCCGCUAAUCAUUUUCCUCGCCGCCCCCGCUCUCCAAACACUCGACGUAUCAAACAACAACCUCCUCGGCACCCUGCCCCCUCUACGCAGCACCUACCCGCAACUCAUCUCCCUCAUCGCAUCCGACAACCGCAUUUGCGAAGUCCCCGCGCCUUCUCUCGACGGCCUCAAGAUCGUCAACUUGGCUAACAACGACAUCGAGCGGCUUGAACCGCAGAUCGGCUUAUUGCAGGGCAGUCUGACCAGCUUAAACGUCGAGGGUAACAAGUUCCGCGUGCCGAGCUGGAAUGUACUGCAGAAGGGGACGGAGGCGGUGCUGGGGUGGCUGCGGGAUCGCAUUCCGAGGGAGAGCUGGAGGAGCGAUGGGACUGUAUUCUUUGAUGCAUGA